GCGCGGAGAGAAAUUCGAGAUUGGCAACAGUGCGCCAAAUUAAACUGUUACUGGUUUGAAAAUAUCGGCAAUUUAUUUCAAUAUCGGAAAUAAAGUAUUGUUGUUAAUCGCUUAACUGUGUGACAAUUUCUACGAAAAACGGAGACAUGGAGAAGGAUUUGUACUCGAAUUACUUCGCUGAUUUACGGCGCAAGGCACAUGAAAUCGAUGAGAGCACCGAGAAACUCUCCGAGACCUGGAAGAUACCGCAUCUGCUCAUCGGCGGUUACGCGGAGCGCACCCCUCAGACGAAUGCAUGCCUGGACGAAAUAUGGGAGUCCCUUCGGGAUACUAGUGAUAAAUUGGAAAAAAUUCAAUCAGAAUUCCAACCAUUGCUGGAAAACACGGAUAAGUCAUUAGAAGAAUCGGAAAAGAUAUAUCAAGAAUUGAAGGAACAAUGUGAUGAUUUGGAUAUUGUUCUAGCAGAAUAUGGAUAUCAUUAUAAAGAGGAUGACAGUGUUCAAGAGAAACAUUGUCGAGAUGAUAGUAAAGAUAACACAAAUGAUAGCAUUUUAAGAAAUGAAGAUGCAUCUGAGUUGGAAAUAGUAGAGUUUACACCACACUUAACAUGGAAGUGCAAGGCUAAGUCCAAGGAGAAUUAGAUAUUUCCAGCAUAAAUUAUUAAGGAUACUAAUUUAUGCUGAAAUAAAUGUCCGAUUCACUACUGAUACAACUCCAUGUAAAAGAUAUUUAUGUGAAAAAAUCAAAUUAUUCAAAACAUCUUACACAGGUAUUAUGAAGAUAGAUUUCAUUUUAAAAUUUUUUCUCUGGAUCUCUAUUGAUUUCUAUAAAAUAUCUAGAUAAAAGACAAUAUAUUUACUUUAUAGUUUACUUUUUAAAAAGCACAUGUUGGCAGAAGUAUAGACUAUAUUUAUAUGUAUAUUUUUGUUAAUAAAUGUAUAAAUAAAAUAUAAUUAGGAUUGUAAUAU